GCGCCGGGGGACGGGCUCCGGGAGCGCCGAGCCGUGCCGAGCAGCGCCGUGCCGCGAGAUCGCUGGAGUCGCCGCCGCCGCCGUCCCGUUCGAAACCUGGAUUGCAGGAGCGCUUCACCAUGCCCGGCAGACUGUAGUUGCUUCAUGGAGCAAGCCAAUUUCUACGAGGUCGAUUCCCGGCCCCCGAUGAGCAGCGGCCAGCACCACCAGCUCCAGACUCCCCUGCCCGGCAGCACCUACAGCUACAGAGAGGCUCCCUCGGCGGCGGCACCUGCUGCGGGCGGCGCGGAGCUCGGCGAUAUCUGCGAGAACGAGAACUCCAUCGACAUCAGCGCCUACAUCGACCCCGCCGCCUUCAACGACGAGUUCCUGGCCGACCUCUUCCAGCACAGCAAGCAGCAGGAGAAAGCCAAGGCCAUCCUGGCCGGGGAUUUCGACUUCCACACCAUGCACGGAGCCGGCGCCGCCGCCUCGGCGCCGGGGCACCAGCCGCAGCACCACCAGCAGCCGCUCUUCGGCUGCGUGCCCGGCUACAUGGACGGCAAGCUGGACCCCCUGUACGAGCGCAUCGCCGCGCCGGGCUUGCGGCCGCUGGUGAUCAAGCAGGAGCCCCGCGAGGAGGAGGAGGUGAAGUCGGCGGCCCUUUCGGCCCUCUAUCCCCAUCACGCCCCGCAGCAGCACCCGUCCCACCUCCAGUACCAGAUCGCCCACUGCGCCCAGACCACCAUGCACCUCCAGCCCGGGCAGCCCACGCCGCCCCCCACGCCCGUGCCCAGCCCGCACCAUCCGCACCACCCGCACCCUCCCGGCGCCCUGUCCGCCGCGGGCACCCUCAAGAUGAUGCCCUCGGACCACCGGAGCAAAUCGAAAAAGACAGUGGACAAGAACAGUAACGAGUACCGGGUGCGCCGGGAGCGCAACAACAUCGCGGUGCGCAAGAGCCGGGACAAGGCCAAGCAGCGCAACGUGGAGACGCAGCAGAAGGUGCUGGAGCUCACCACCGACAACGAGCGGCUGCGCAAGCGGGUGGAGCAGCUCACCCGGGAGCUGGAGACUCUGCGGGGCAUCUUCAGGCAGCUGCCCGAGAGCUCGCUGGUGAAGGCCAUGGGCAGCUGCGCCUAGCGCCGCGCCGGGGCCGGCCGGGCUGCGCUGCCCUGCCCGCCGCAGAUACUGUAGGCACCGGCGUGCGGCAAGCGCCGUGUGCCGGCGGGAGGGGAACGGGGGGUUGUUUUGGUUUGGUUUUGUUUCGUUUCGUUUGUUUUUUAUCGAUUCGCGACCUAUACAAGAAGCCAGGCAGCUCUAGUAUUAAAAGGUUUGUGCCUUAGAGAUGACACACGAGUAAGCUGAAAACAUGGUGGGUUUUCUAAGGAGAGAGGCAAGGGGAGGAAAGAAAAGACCACGUGUCUACACAGGGUAAAUAACAGUAAUAAUAAUAAUAAUAACAAUAACAGUCAUAAAGCACACAUAGCAACCCAGAUGUGCCUUAAAAGCUGGCUGCAGGAGCUCUGGGGCUUACUGUGCCCUCCAGCCUUGCAGGGUGCGAGGAGAAGGAACGAGGGACGUGCAGGCUUGGGGGCUGCGGUGUCUGGGGUGUCCUUGCUGAGCCCUUCCAGCUGGCCUGCAGUGCAGCAGGCAGGAGCAGCUUUGGGGCAGCCAGCGAUGAGAAGAGGAUUUGAGGCUGGGCGCCGUGAGGAGCACUGAGGCGUGGGGCAGCCCCCAGACUGCUGCCAGGACUGUCGCAGCCUGGCCGGGCUGCCUCUGCCGAGCCCUGUCCCCUGCCUUGGCUGGAGGGGGACAAGGGGCCAGCGCCGCUGCAGGACCGAUGGACAGCCUGGGACUGAUGGAGCAGCAGCUUGCAAGAGUGUGGUGAGCUCUCUCCAUCGACAGAAAGAGCAGCAGUGUCUUGUACUGUAUGUCACGACGUGGCGAAGCACAAAUGAAUAAAUACCUAUUGAUGCGGGUAUUUACUAUGAACUUUCAGUGUAUUUUGCUUUAUUCCAGGACAUUUUGCUCUUCUCCAAGUCUCUGUCCACCCAAACUGUGCCUCAUGUAAUGUGAAAGCCGUUCCAUGUACACUAGCUAUACUUUAUUGCCUUACUUAGAUCUUUGCCAUCACACAACUUUCUUAUCUGGUGACAGAGA